AUGACCUACAAAAACACUAUUUUAACCCAACAAUUAGAAGCUUCAAAAAAAAGAAUUGAGGAUUACAAAAUCAUUGACCCAAAAGCCGCCCGAGAGUUUGAAAAUGAUUUACUUCCUACUCCGGAAACAGUUGAGGAGCCAGCCGGAGGAAGUUAUUUUCCUUUUUUUCGCCGAAAAAGUAAAGACAAAACCAGCGAAAAACCUGCUAAACUUAUUCGGCAACAUUUACAAGAAAUUAAAAAAACUAUCAUUGCCUUAGAAAGAACCACCGAUGGUCAAGAUGGAGUAGAGGAAUUAUUGAGGUUGUUAAAUGACGAAUUUAACUCAGCCAAAGUUAGUAAAGAAAUAAAAGAAAGAUUGGAUGAUUUUUGCGAUUUAUACGAUUUUUCAUACGAAACGGAAAUCCAAGCAAAAGAAAAAAAACUCAAAGAACGAGGCUGA